AUGAUCCUUGUGACACACGAUGGAAAAUUUCACCUGGAUGAGGUGAUGGCUACAGCCGUACUGCUUAAGAUAUAUCCGGAUUCCGAAAUAAUCAGGACGAGAAAUAUGAGCGUUAUGCGGAGUGGAGAUAUAGUUUACGAUGUUGGAGGUACAUUUAACCCCGAGACCAAUAGAUAUGACCAUCAUCAGGAGUCAUUCAAUGAAACCUUUAGCUCGAAAUAUAAGAUAAAACUAAGUAGCUCAGGAUUAAUCUAUAAAUAUUAUGGCGAAAAGCUUCUAGAGAAAUACGGAGUUACCAAAACAGAUGAGCACUUCCAAAGACUACUAGAAGAGAUUUAUGCAACUUACUUUUUAUCUGCAGAUGCAAUAGACAACGGAUACGAAAUUUUCGGUGAAAUAGUCCCAAGAUCCCUCUCACAUAUUGUUGAAUCAUUCAAUGUCUUGAACUUUUCAGGAGGCUCAAACAACGAGCAGGACAGAAGAUUUCUUGAAGCAGUACGAUUCGUUUCCAUGGAUUUAGAUAAUUUCAUGCAUACUAUAAUCAACGGAUGGAUGCCAAACUAUAAAUAUCUGAGUGAGUUAAUUAGCAAAGUUGAUGGAGACAUUCUGUGUGUCGACAGAUAUUGUUUCAUAGACGUAAUUCCUGAGAUAGAAAGAAAGUACAAAAAAGAUAUCAACUUUGUACUAAAAAAGGGAGAAAGUUCUGUGAGUAUACUGGCUGUUCCAAAAAAAAGAAAACAUUUCGAGUCGAAAAUUCCUUUAAAGAAAGAAUGGAGGGGCCUUUCUGGAGGAAAACUGGAUGCCAUCUCUGGAAUUGAAGGUUGCAAUUUUGUUCAUUUGUCUGGAUUUGUAGGGUCCAAUAAAACUAUUGAAGGCGCCAUCGAAAUGUGCAAAGAAUCUAUCAAAGCUUAUCUUAAGGAAAUCAAAAAUGCUGAUAAUCUGGACAAAUAUUUAUAA